ACUGAAGCGACUUAGCAGCAGCAGCUAGUUUAGAAGACGCUAGAAUUGGCGAGGACAGUCUGAGAUGUUAACUUUUAAACCGAGAUCUGCAGGAUCUAGAAACAAUGAUCACAACCUCUGUGCCUCAGUUUCCUUAUGUGUCAACUGCGGCUGACAACCUGCAGUUGUGGGAAGGAUCGGCGAUGGAGUAAACUGCAAAGGGCUGGCUCGAACUCGGGGUCCCGGCGAGGUGGUGCCACCGCUACAACCCACGCUCAUCCGGGAAGCCCCUGGACCCAACACCGACGGGGGGCCCCUAGGCACUGGGGCCCGGCGCCCCAGCCUCGCUCUCCACUCCUCCGCGCCGCGGGCCCCCGCGUUCCGCCGAGGUCGGCCCCGGGGCGCCGAGAGGCGUGGCCGGCCAGCGCGAACCUGGAGGCAGCCAUGGCCUCGAUGGUGGAGUACAAGGGACUCAAGGCCGGCUACCGCUGCGGCUACUGCGACUCGGAGGAGGGCAAGGCGUCCUGCGGCAUGUGGGCACAUUCAAUGACUGUGCAGGAUUAUCAGGAUCUCAUAGACCGAGGAUGGCGAAGAAGCGGGAAAUAUGUGUACAAACCUGUCAUGAAUCAAACAUGUUGUCCUCAGUAUACCAUAAGGUGCCGACCUUUACAGUUUCAGCCAUCAAAAUCUCACAAGAAGGUUUUGAAAAAAAUGUUGAAAUUUCUGGCUAAAGGGGAAAUUUCAAAAGGAAAUUGUGAGGAUGAGCCCAUGGAGCCCAGCGUGGAGGAUGCUGUUUCCAGUGACUUUGGGUUAAUAAAUAAAUUGGAUAUACACUGUGACCUUAAAACAUUCAAUGACGACCUCAAGAAGAGCUUAGAGAGUGAAGAGAGGAAGAAAGCAAAGAGGGAAGAAUCUAAUGAGAUAACCCGUUCACAAGAUGUGGAAGAGAAGUUGGGCUCUGGUGAACCGUCAUGUUCAGUUAAAGUGCAUACAGCUCCUCAGCCAGGGAGAGGGGCAGAUUUGAGUAAGCCUCCAUGUCGAAAAGCAAAGGAGAUCAGGAAAGAAAGGAAAAGGCUGAAACUCAUGCAGCAGGACCCAGCUGGAGAACGCGAGGGCUUCCAGGCUCAGUGUCAGCCCUCAUCUUUGCUCCCACCAAAGACUAAAUCCAACCAACCCAAGUCGCUUGAAGAUUUAAUUUUUGAAUCUUUACCAGAGAAUGCAUCACACAAGUUAGAGGUGAGGGUGGUGAGAUCAUCUCCACCAAGUUCACAGUUCAAAGCCACAUUUCAGGAGUCUUACCAGGUCUAUAAACGUUACCAGAUGGUUGUUCACAGGGACCCGCCUGAUAAACCAACUGUGAGCCAGUUCACAAGAUUCCUUUGCAGCUCACCUUUGGAGACAGAGAAUUCCCCUAAUGGACCAGAUUGUGGUUAUGGCUCCUUUCACCAGCAGUACUGGCUUGAUGGGAAGAUCAUUGCUGUGGGGGUGAUUGACAUUCUUCCAUUCUGUGUAUCGUCUGUAUAUUUGUACUACGAUCCCGAUUAUUCAUUUCUGUCUUUGGGUGUCUACUCUGCGCUCCGAGAAAUUGCUUUUACUAGGCAGCUUCAUGAGAAAACACCUCAACUCAGCUAUUACUACAUGGGUUUCUACAUUCAUUCGUGUCCCAAGAUGAAAUAUAAGGGUCAGUACAGACCAUCAGAUUUGCUGUGUCCUGAGACGUAUGUUUGGGUUCCUAUUGAGCAAUGCCUGCCUUCACUUGAGAAAUCCAAGUACUGCCGUUUCAACCAGGACCCGGAAGCAGUGGACGAAGGUCGCAGCAAGGAACCUGACCGCCUGCAGGUGUUCUACAAGAAAGCCAUAAUGCCUUACGGUGUUUACAAGAAGCAGCAGAGAGACCCGAGCGAGGAGGCGGCCGUGCUGCAGUACGCGAGGCUGGUGGGGCAGGCGUGCUCUGAGCGGAUGCUGCUGUUCCGAAACUGAUCAGCCUGUUCGCCUCUCCUGCCCCCCGAGCCCCUGGGUGCUCCUGCGCUGCCCUGCCGACAUGUGCUACGGUGCGAGUUCAUCACCUGGGGGAAACUCUAACCCUCCACAGAUUAGACUUUCUAAUUUUGAUGGCUGUGUAGCUUUUCUAAAAUAUUUUGUGGCAUAUGUGUUUGUGAAAAUCUCAUGGUUAAUGAUAAAGAUUUUAAAACUAUGUUAUGACAUCGACUCAUAAUUGGGUUUUCUCGUUUCAGAAGUCUGCUUCAUGAACAAGAGACGAUUAACUUCUCUUGUUAAUAUUUUGGGAGGUAAAAAUGUAUCAGUGAACCUUAAGUAAUUUAAAUCACAGUUGUACUUUUUUUUUGUUCUGUUAGAGAAAUUAAAACAGACUUUUUCUUCAGAUCCACUUAAAACAUCAGUUUCUGCUGGAAAAACCUCAAGUGUGGGGAAGAAGGUUGGACUUGUGUUUGGUCACUUAGAAAACGUCUUCUCAAGGGAUCAGAACUGGGAUGCUGUUCAGUGCUCAGUGUCACUUUGCUGCUGAAUGUCACAUUACGUAGUUUCACAGAAAACUUGAGAAAAGGAACCAGUACAAACUUACAAAAAAGGGUGUGUUAGCAUCGAAUGUCUGUUUACCCAAGACAGUCUUAUUCAUGUCUGCUGUCUUGGCGUGAUUAUUUCUCCUAGAAUAAUUAUUUCUCGUGUGCCUUUUUACUCUGCAAAAUACCCCAUUUUGGACAAUAAAAUAUGUGAUUACCCUAGUUAUAUAUUGUCCAAACUGGGGCAGUCUGCUUUAUUUCUCAAAAUCUAACAAGAGUUUUUUUUUUUAGAAAAUUAGUGCCUCCUGCCUUGACCUAAGCCUCUUGAAGGAUACAUAUACACCAGUUUUUAUUUUCUUAGAACGCAGGACACUGGUCUUUGGUUAUUGGUUAAAAAUUAGUUUCUCUCUGACUGCUUUUAUAGCUGUGCUACACGUCGCAGUUAGUGACAUCGGAUGCAUUGUGAACUCUGUUCCAGGGCAGGAGGCAGAAGCAUCCAUUUCCUGCUCAUUUGGCAGCCAGAGAGGAGAUGCCACACGUAGUAAUCUCAGCAAAGGUGGGCCCUGUGUCCCUCUGUCUCGUCUCUCUGGUCCUUCUCUCAUUCACCAGUCUCUGUCCCCCACCUUGAAGGUGGUAGGCACUGUGCCGGGAGGCAGGGGAGGGAGCGGAGGGAGCAGGCACGUCCCCUCAUAGUUGAGCCGUGCUGGAGACAGUGACGGAUGGACGGAGGCGCUUACUCUCUUGUGCAUCUUUGCAGCUGGCCACCAUCUGCUGCCACCUGCCUGGCCACUGAGUCCUUUUCAUUUCCUGUUUUGUCCAUUUUCCCAUUUUCUACUGAUCUUUUUUUAAAAAAACCAUUUUAUUAAACUUAGUGGCUUGAUUUUAAACUUCUCUCCUAAAUGCACUGAAUUGAGAUAUAAAAUAUUAGAAAAUAAUUCCAGCUAGCUACACUAAAAAGAAGGAUCCCAAGAGAAUGAUUUUUAAAAUCAAAUGUCUAGAAGUUCAAGAUCCAAAUAAAUUGUAUUUGUUCAUUCACGCAGAGAAUGUGUGUGUGGGUAACACCUACCGAGGGCAGGUGCUUAGCUAACGGGGGACAGAGUAGUGAGGACAUGGAUUUUGCAUACUUUUGAAGGAAUUUUGUCCUUCAAAAUAGUCUCCCAAGAGCAUUUGAUAGGCUCUUAUUUAGAACUGCCUUCAGAAUCUAUAGAACAUUCAAAAAAAAUUUCCCUCUAAAGUGAAGUUAGCUUAAUUUUUUCAUUUAUGAAAAGGAUAGUUAAGCAAAUAAACUUGAAGAAAAGCAUACAUAAGAAAGUAAGAGUGAUCUGAAAUUUAUUGAGUUGAAAGAAACUUGGAAAUAGGACUUUAGAAGUAUUUUAAGUAAUUUCAGUAUUAAAGUACCUAGUAAAGUGCACACCUGGUGCCCUAGGCAUUGGAAUGCCCAGGGUGAUGUCAUCAGCUGUGUUAAACUACUCAUCAUAGUGAUUAGCAUGUAGGAUGGAACUCAUUAAGAUCACAACUUGAGUACCAAAUGAGGAGAGAGCUUGAAUCUUCCUUUUUACCAUGACUCAGGCUUCUUCCUGCAGAAUUCAGCCCACUCCCUAGGAACGGGGUGCUGCCGGGGUGGCCUUCUAGGUUGGCCCCAGUGAAGCUCCAGAGAGAGUGGCUAUGCUACUACUCAGUUGCUAUCUUCUAUUCUUGUGUUGGUUUUUUGAGUAGGUACCGUAUCAAUCCUAAUGAAAAAAUUAUCUUCAAAGGACAAGUAUUUGUUCCUUGGAGCCCUCACUGAGUGAAUGUUGAUAGUGGGCUAGGAAAGUACAGUCAGGGAAAGUGACUUGACUUGGUCAGUUGACAGUCUAGCUGAGGAAUCAGAUUUUAUGUUAAUGGCUUGUAUCUAAAGAAGGACAUGUGAGGACAUUUCCGAGACAGUUUAUAUCCUCCCGAGGCUGGAAGCUUUGCAGCUGCAAGCUUCAUGUUGUAAUCCGUUUCUGGUUUCAGAUUAAACUUAACACCCGCCUCCCUGUCUUGGGAACAAAAAUGUAGCAAAGAUUCUCCGUGAUACCAUCUUUAUUUAAAUUAUUUCAGUUUUGUGAGACUUUCGUCUUAUUUUUUUUAAUGUAUUCUGAGCACUUUUCUUUUAUAUUGUGAAAGAUAGAGGGUAUUAUCAGAUGAAUAUAUUAUUCAUUUGAUUAAAAUUAUUUAGAUAAGAAAUUAUUACUGUUUAUGUUUACUUUCAAACUGCUUAUUCUAAUUUUUAUCCAUUUUUCAAAUAUCAUUUGUAUAUGACUUCUUAUGUAUGGGAAUUUAUUAUGUAAAUGAACCUUUUCAGAUUUCUGGACAGUCUAUGGUUUGAUUUUAUAGGGUUUUUUUUUUUAGUAGGAUAAAGAUGAGAAAGAUGAUCAGUUACUUAAAAUGUAUCUAUUGUUGCUUACUUUAAAGAAGGAAAUAAAUAGAAACAAUUGGGAAAUGUUUGAAUUAGAAGUCACUCAAAUGUAUGUUAUUUUCCAAAAGAGAACCAGUGACUAUAAAAGGCAAAACAAGUUUGAUUGCAUGUGACAUUUUUUGCACUUGCAUAUGCUUUUUGAACAGUCCAUUUGAUAAAGCUUGAAUAAAACUUUCUAUCUGCAAUGGCUCUUGCUGGUCAUUACUUAAAAGGCCUGUGUUUUCAUCAUUCAGAUUCUUAGGUACAUUUUACCUAUAGUGAAUAUGUCGAAAACAGAGGUAAGACAUUGACUGUAUAUGAAUGAUAGUGUUUAAUUUUCAGUAAUUAGAAUUCCAGACCACUUGGUUUCCUAAAUCAAAGCAUGAUGGAUUUCUCUCUCAGGAAUAAAUGAAAGUAGAGUGAAUCUUGCUUUAAGCAAAAAGUCUGGAUUUUCACAAGAUAAAUUAGGGAGUAGACGUUCUUUUAUCCAGAAGAAUUUGAAGUAAGAUUUAAGUAGCCAAUUCAAGUAUUAAUUUCUCUUAAAAACUUCAGUUUUCAGAGGAAUUUUCACAAAUAUGUCAUAAAGCGAGGUGUGCUUUCAUUGUUCAUAAGAGUCCCCAGUAUAUUUAUAGAAUACAUUUUAAGUCUUUUUACAGUAAAGGGGAUCCUGGUAGGUUUAUGAUAAAAUGAAUCCUGUUUCCCAGGCAAUUUAACUAUUAAAUGCCCACUAAUAUUUUCUCUGGAAUGAAAAUAGCUUUAUUGUUUUCUUAUUUGAAAUGGACAGUGUUCACCAGAAAACAUGUAGACAAUAUAGAAAAAUAUACCAAAGAAAAUAAAAAUCACUCAUAAUCCUAUCACUGUUAGUUCUGUCAUUCACAUUUUGGUGUAUGUCCUUUCCUACUUUUUUCUACCUAUAUGUAUGUAUGUAUUUUGUUUUAUUUUGAAAUAAAAGUGGAAUUAUGGC